AUGUGGUCGUAUUUAUUUGGUGGAUCUUCAAAAUCUUAUAGUAAUAAUAAUAACUCUAAAAGUAGAGAGUUGACUAAGAAAGCUAUCAUAGAAUUAAGAGAACAUAUAAAUUUAUUGGACAAGAAACAGUCCCAUCUUCAAACGCAGAUAUUAAAUUCAGAGAACGAUGCUAAGAAAUAUUUAAAUAAGGGUAAUCGGACAUUAGCCAAGAACUGUUUAAAAAGGAAGAAGAUAUAUGAGCAACAAUUGGAAAAAUUGGAUGGUCAAAUCAACUCUUUGGAGCAACAACUGUUCACCAUCGAGACCUCUAAUCUGAAUGCGGAAACUAUGAGAGCUAUGCAACAGGGUGCUAAGGCAAUGAAAUCGAUACAUAAGAAUAUGGAUAUCGAUCAAGUGGAUGAAACUAUGGAUGAAGUUAGAGAACAAGUUCAACUAAGUGAGGAGAUUAGUGACGCUAUCUCUAAACCCUUGUACACUGCAGGCUCUUUAGCUAAUGAAGUAGACGAAGAUGAGUUGGAUCAAGAAUUGGAAUUGUUACAGGAAGAAAAUGUCCAUGCUGAUAUGUUGAAGACUGCUGCUGUUACUAAUAAUAAUGACCACAUAUCGUCACUUCGCGCUAAUUCUGCUAAACUUGAACAAAACAUUUCUUUGCCAUCAGUACCCAAUAGUAAUAUUCAAUCCACUAAUAAAAUAAUUAAAGAAAAUGGAAUGAAUCAAAGUGAGAAUGAAAGCGAAGAUGAAGAUGAACGGGCAUUAAGAGAAUUACAAGCUGAAAUGGGUUUAUAG